AUGCCGUACGCAAAUCAACCAUCAGUACAUAUAACAGAAUUAACUGACGACAAUGUAAAAUUUGUCGUCGAAGAUACAGAGCUUAGCGUUGCCAACAGCAUGCGACGAGUUUUCAUUGCAGAAACGCCGACGAUGGCUAUCGAUUGGGUUCAACUGGAAGCAAACUCAACAGUUCUAAGUGACGAAUUCCUUGCUCAUCGUAUUGGUUUAAUACCACUAAUAUCUGAUGACGUUGUUGAUAAAAUACGUUACUCCAGGGACUGCAUGUGUGCGGAUUUCUGUACUGAAUGCAGUGUGGAAUUCACAUUGGAUGUUAAAUGCACCGGCGAUCAAACAAGACAUGUGACCACUGCUGAUUUGAAAUCUAGUGACCCACGAGUGGUGCCGGUCACUUCACGCCAUAGAGAUGAGGACCAGGCAGAUUAUGGUGAACUAGAUGAGAUCUUGAUUAUCAAGUUACGUAAAGGACAAGAAUUAAAGUUGCGAGCAUAUGCCAAAAAGGGGUUCGGAAAAGAGCAUGCCAAAUGGAAUCCAACAUCCGGUGUCUGUUUUGAGUAUGAUCCUGACAAUGUAAUGAGACAUACAUUAUACCCAAAGCCAGACGAGUGGCCGAAGAGUGAGCAUACAGAGCUGGACGAGGAUCAGUAUGAAGCUGAUUUCAACUGGGAAGCAAAACCGAACAAAUUCUUCUAUAAUGUAGAAUCUUCCGGAGCAUUGAAGCCGGAGAACAUAGUAUUGAUGGGCAUUGUUGUAUUAAAAAAUAAACUUUUAAAUUUACAAGUACAACUAGCACAAGAAACACAAAAUGAUGCUCUAGCUAUUAAUUAA